AAGCGACCAUAGAUGUUCUGCCUGCCUGAUUCAUCGUAAAUAUCGAUUACAACACCGGUGUUUUAAUGUCACGCCCAGAUAGGUGCUUAUCGCCAUGGAUUUGCCAUAUAAACGCCGUUUGGAACGCAUCUUGAUUUUUGCUGCUGCAGUUCUGUCACCUGCCUUCACGGUCCUGUGCAAUGACAUCCUCGGCCUGAAGAUGGCAGGAGAGCCGGUGCUCACCCCCAACGCCGUGUGCCUGCGCCUGGCCGGCCUGAGCAAGCGGCAGAUGCGCCUGUGCAUGCGCAGCCCCGACGUCACCGCCUCGGCCUUGCAGGGCAUCCAGGUGGCCAUCCACGAGUGCCAGCACCAGCUCCGGGACCAGCGCUGGAACUGCUCGUCCCUGGAGAGCCACGGGAAGCUGCCCCUCCACAGUGCCAUCCUCAACCGGGGUUUCCGUGAGAGCGCCUUCACCCUGUCCCUGCUGGCGGCCGGCGUGGCCCACUCGGUGGCGUCGGCCUGCAGCAUGGGCAAGCUCCGCGGCUGCGGCUGCGAGGCCAAGCGGCGCCUGGACGACGACAAGAUCCGCCUGAAGCUCACGCAGCUCCAGCUCCAGACCCUGCAGCGGGGGGCCGGCGUGGGCAUGGCGGCAGGGGGAGCCGCAGGAGGAGGGCACCAGCCCGGGUACGUCCCUCCACACCACCAGGGGGCCGCGUCCGCGUCCGCUGCCCUGCACGCGGCGCACCCCUCCACCCUGCUGAAGCCCCUGCCGGAGGAGGUGGCCUCGCUCCAGGACACCUGGGAGUGGGGCGGCUGCAGCCACGACGCCCGCUUCGGGGUGCGCUUCUCCCGAGACUGGCUGGACUCGCGGGGCUCCCCGAGGGACAUCCACGCCCGCAUGAGGAUCCACAACAGCCGCGUCGGUCGACAGAUAGUCACUGACAACAUGAAGAGGAAGUGCAAAUGCCACGGCACAUCGGGCAGCUGCCAGUUCAAGACCUGCUGGUACGUGUCGCCGGAGUUCCGCCUCGUGGGCUCCCUGCUGCGGGAGAAGUUCCUGUCGGCCGUCUUCAUCAACUCCCAGAACAAGAACAGCGGCGUGUUCAACCCGCGCGUCGUGGCCGCCACCGGCUCCGGCAACGGCGCCGCCGCCGGAUCCCACCCGAACGCCGGCCGCAGGCGCACGCUGUCCCGCGAGCUGGUCUACUUCGAGAAGUCGCCGGACUUCUGCGAGCCGGACGCGGCCGUGGACUCGCCGGGCACGCGCGGGCGCAUCUGCAACAAGAGCAGCCCCGGCAUGGACGGCUGCGACUCGCUGUGCUGCGGCCGCGGCCACAACAUCCUCAAGCAGACGCGCAGCGAGCGCUGCCACUGCCGCUUCCACUGGUGCUGCUACGUGCUGUGCGAGGAGUGCCGCGUCACCGACUGGGUCAACGUCUGCAAGUGA